AUGUUAGAACUACCAUAUAAAUUGUUAAUUUUAACGGGUAUCUGGAUGCCAGAAGACUGGACACAUAAACAUCAAAAGUUAGGAUGGCUCAUAUUCUCUAUUAUAUCCAUUGGCUUAGUUUUUAUGCAAUUCAGCUCCCUGGUUAUUUUUCUCAUGAUAUCAAAAUCAUGCGCACAGUUUUUCGAAAGGGUGUUCCUGAUACCCGCAGGAGUUUCGAGCCUUCAGAAAAUAUACAUUUUUAUCACUCAUCGCAAGGAAUUAAUUGACCUAGGCAAAAUGCUUUUAAAAGAUUACUGCAUUCCACGAAAUUUUGAAGAGUUGUCAAUACAACACAGAUACGAAGAACUCAUCAGGGUCCUUACUUUAGUUUGCUUCGUACUGGUAAAUAUAACCAUGAUGAAUCUCCUCGUCUUGCCUUUAGUAACAAACGGAGAGAACCGAACUUUGCCUAUGAAUGUUUGGCUACCUUACCCUGUUGACUCGGAUGCAUCCUAUUGGUUGACCUAUACGCAUCAAACUUUGGGCACACUCCUGCUUGGCACAGGAGCAGUUGGAAGUACGCUGAUGAUUAACGGAUUCAUGCAUCAAGUUUGUUGCCAGUUCGAAAUUUUAAGUUCUCGCUUCCAGAAACUGCCACAAAUCAUCAAAAGACUUCAAUUGUUGAAGAAACCAAAUCACUUGAUUUAUGAGUACGAAAAGAAAUCGAUGAAGCAAUACGUUCAACAUCACCUUUAUAUUUUCAGAGUUGCAGAUACGAUAAAUGAUAUUUUUAAGUCCGUAAUAUUCCAACAGUUUUGUAUAAGUUCUAUUGUUGUAUCCGCAAGCAUUUUUCAAUUGUCAACGAGACCAGACAAAGAUAUGGAAUUCAUCAUGGUUUUUUGUUACUUAAUUUGCGUUUUAGUUGAAUUUUUAAUCUACUCUUGGUUUGGCAACGAGCUAAUGUUGGAGAGCUUACAUUUUCAAACAUCGGUGUAUCAAAUUGAUUGGACAGCCUUGAGUAUAGGAUCCGGUAAAGAUUUAGUGUUUAUAAUGAUGAGAGCAUCGAAACCAGUGAUUAUGUAUUGCGGACAUUUUAUUAUACUGUCUCUUGAAUCUUAUUUAGGUAUUCUGAAAGCAUCUUACUCAGUUUUUAAUAUACUCAGAAGAUCAUCUAAUUAG